GGCGGGGCCUAUGGCGUGCAAGGGGCGGAGCCUGGGCCGCGACCCCGGCCCGAGCCUGACCUACACCGCGACCCCGACCGCGACCUGUACCUCAGUCCCCCGGUAUGGCCCGACACGUGUUCCUGACCGGGCCCCCAGGGGUUGGAAAAACAACAUUGAUCCAGAAAGCCAGUGAGAUUUUGAAGUCCUCUGGUGUGCCUGUGGAUGGAUUUUACACAGAAGAAGUCAGACGCGGCGUGAGGAGAAUAGGAUUCGAUGUCGUCACAUUGUCUGGCUCUCGGGGGCCUUUGUCCAGAGUCGGAUUGGACCCUCCACCUGGAAACCGGGAAUGCCGAGUUGGCCAGUAUGUGGUUGAUGUGACUUCGUUUGAGCAGUUGGCGCUUCCAGUCUUGAGGAAUGCAGGUUCCAGCAGUAGUCCGGGGCCGAGAGUGUGUGUCAUCGACGAGGUUGGGAAAAUGGAGCUCUUCAGCCAGCCUUUCAUCCACGCUGUUCGCCAGACACUGUCCGCCCCAGGGACUGUAAUUCUGGGCACAAUCCCAGUCCCUAAAGGAAAACCACUGGCCCUUGUGGAAGAAAUAAGAAACAGAAGUGACGUGAAGGUGUUUAAUGUCACCAAGGAGAACAGAAACCACCUUCUGCAGGACAUUGUGAUGAGUGUGCAGAGCGGCGGGAAGUGAAGACGGUGUGUGUUCCUGCUGCCUGUGCGUGAACGAGGGCCCCGUGCAAGGGGAGCCGGUCCAGGCGUUAAUGCCUUUGGGGUUCUGAAAACUUGUGGGCUUUUCCACAGAAAGCUUGACAGCUGUUUCCCAUAAAAUGUUUAGAAGAUCAAACUAGCCCUAAUGCUGGAUUGGCUACAAGAUUACCAUCCAUUGUGGCAUAUUUAUGCUAAAGAUUUCUGUUUAUUUCCUCUUGCAGUCUUGCACAUGAUUGGGGUAAAUUCUGAGAUGAGAAAUGGUUUUGAGAAUAUUAGAUGGAAUUUGCCCCUACUGAAGUUUAUAAAUGCGUUAGACGCAUUCACUGCCUAAUCAGUUCUGCAUGUCAUGAAAAUUAAUCCCUCUCCAGGGGCAGCUUCAGUGUUGUGCAACUUGAAGUGAUAAGUUAUUUGAUUUUUUAAAAAAUUGUUAUUUCAAAGAAAACCAUUUCAUGUUUUUUUGCCUCGAUCUCACAUCUCUUAUUUUUUGCUUAUCGAUAAUAAAUACAAAGAAAUUCCUGA